AUGCAUUUAUACCCUCGUGUUUCGAUCAUAAGUCUCCUGGCCAUCGCGGCUUCAGCGCGGGACUUCCCGAACUGUCAGUCUGGUCCACUCGCCUCGAACCAAGUAUGCAACACGAGCCUCUCGGCCUGGCAGCGCGCAAGCGCCUUAGUCUCGGCUCUUACGCUCUCCGAGAAGAUCGCCAACUCGGGCGACAACUCGCCCGGGUCGAGCCGUUUGGGCCUGCCGUCGUACGAGUGGUGGAAUGAGGCGCUUCACGGCGUGGCCCGGUCGCGCGGCGUCUCAUUCGCCGCGUCGGGCAACUUUAGCUACGCGACCUCAUUCCCGCAGCCCAUCGUGCUGGGCGCCUCAUUCGACAUGCCACUCGUCGCCGCCGUCGCCGCCGUCACCAGCACCGAGGCGCGUGCCUUCAGCAACGCCGGCCGCGCCGGUCUGAACUACUGGACCCCCAACAUCAACCCGCUGCGCGAUCCGCGAUGGGGCCGGGGCCAGGAGGUUCCGUCUGAAGACCCGCUCGUGGUCUCGGAAUAUGUGCGGCGCUUGAUCCCGGGGCUGCAGGGAGGUCUGACUCAAGAGGAGCAGCAGGGAGGCUAUUGGAAGCUCGUGGCGACGUGCAAGCACUUUGCGGGAUACGACAUUGAGAACUGGAAGGGAAAUCGGCGUUACGGAUUUGAUGCUGUGAUCUCCCGGACCGACUUGCAGGACUACUAUCUCGCGCCCUUCCGAGCGUGCGUGCGGGACGCGAAGGCGCAGAGCGUCAUGUGCAGUUAUAAUGCAGUCAAUAGUGUGCCUACUUGUGCUGACCCUUGGCUACUGCAGCGAGUUCUCAGGGAUCAGUGGGAUUUUGAGGACGAAGAGGGUCAGGGGGCCAGAUGGGUCACGGCAGACUGCGAUGCCCUCGCAAACGUCUGGACGGACCACCACUAUGGCAAGAGUGCGGCGGAUGCUGCAGCACAGAGCUUGAAUGCUGGUACUGACUUGGACUGCGGUGACUUUUGGCCCAAGAAUCUCCAGUCGGCAUACAGUAAUAAGUUGAUCAAUGAUUCGGUGUUAGACCGUAGCCUUAUCAGGAGAUACGCCUCUAUGGUCAAGUUGGGGUGGUUCGAUCCACCAGCCAAGCAGCCCUACCGUCAGAUAGUAUGGGAUUCAGUUGCGACCCCUGAGGCGAAGGCUCUCGCCCUGCGGGCAGCGGUGGAGGGCAUCGUAUUAUUGAAAAAUGACAACGGAGCACUGCCCCUGAAACUUGGCUCCUCUGCAAAGAAAGUAGCGGUCAUUGGCCCCCUGGGUUCAGCAACAACACAAAUGCAGGGAAACUACUUCGGAAUUGCGCAGAAGAUUUCCAGUGUGGCCUCAGCGUUUCGUGACGCGGGAUAUACGGUUAGUACCUCCCAGGGGGCUGCAAUAACUGGUUCAAGCACCUCUGGGUUCUCAGCCGCGCUUUCAGCCGCCAAAGAAGCUGAUGCCGUUGUCUUCGUUGGUGGACUCGAUACUUCAGUCGAGACGGAGGAGAAGGACCGAGAGCAAAUCACAUGGCCGGGACAACAGCUCCCAUUGAUCAAACAGCUGGCGGCCACCACGAAUAAUAAGCCGUUUGUGGUUGUCCAGAUGGGCACCAUGCUUGACUCGUCAUCGCUAAUGUCAGAAGAGGGGGUGGACUCGCUACUAUGGGCCGGAUACCCGGGGCAAGAUGGCGGCAAGGCCAUCGUGAGCAUCGUCCUUGGCCAGAAUGCACCAGCGGCUAGGCUGCCCAUCACGCAGUACCCGGCAGCUUACGUAGACCAAGUGAGGAUGACGGACAUGAAUCUCCAACCCGGAAGUGGAAACCCAGGUCGAACGUACAAGUGGUACAACAAACCUGCCGUACUCCCCUUCGGUCAUGGCCUGCACUACACAACCUUUAACGUAUCUAUAUCGGGAGGAGCAUCCUUACUUCCAGCAACCUUCUCUGCGUCUGCGCUCACUAGCAAUAUCUCUUCUUCCAAAUACCUCGACCAGGGACUUUUCUUCUCUUUACCUGUCAGCGUGAAGAACACAGGAAGCACCACGUCAGACUACGUGGUUCUUGCUUUUGUUCAGGGGCAAUACGGGCCGAGCCCCUAUCCAAACAAGAGCCUCGCCGCCUUCGCCCGGCUGCACGACGUCAAGGCCGGGGACGCCACUGGCGCCUCGCUCGACAUCAGCCUGGGCAGCAUCGCGCGGAGCGACAAGGAUGGAAACCUGGUGCUUUGGCCAGGGAAGUACUCUAUCGUGCUCGAUAUCGAUGAGCGAGACCGGUGGGAUUUUGAGAUCACUGGUGCCCAGGUGGUCUUGGAAAGACUCGCAUCUAAGAAUUAG